GUUCCAUGUUGUCUUUCUUGGUGCCAAACCUCUCCGCAACUAUCAGUUUUUUAGUUAGUGGUCUCUCUGGAGUAUAUUUUUAAUUUUCGACCCCUAUGGAAAAGCCUACACAGAUGCCUUACAACUAAACCUUGCCCAAAGUUUGGGCCUACCUCCUUCAGAUCCUCUGGUGCUGGAAAGCCUAGCACACGGUUUUGCGAUAGAAGAGUACGCAAGAGUGAUUAGCCAAGAACACCAAGCGAAGAUGUUGGCAUCGAAGAAACAGAGGCCGAAGAAAUACAAAUGUCCGCAUUGCGAUGUUGGAUUUUCCAAUAAUGGGCAGCUCAAAGGACAUAUUAGGAUACACACAGGGAGAAAGACCAUUUAAAUGCGACGAAAGAGAAUGUGGCAAAACGUUUACACGAAACGAAGAGCUGACUAGGCACAAAAGGAUCCACUCAGGACUCAGGCCUUUUCCAUGUUCACACUGUGGAAAGCGGUUUGGAAGGAAGGACCAUCUGAAGAAACAUUCUAGGACGCACUUUCAACCCAGAGGAAUAUACGCAGUACCAGUUAUGUUACCUUUCGAGACGUGGGCAUCUUCGGCUGGUACUAUGCCGUUUGUACCAAUGUUUGGGUACUAAAUUUAGUUGUUUCAAUAAUAUAAUUUCAGCAUGAAUGUUACUGUAUUCUGAUUUUUGCCAGGCAAAAGGAUUCCAUCGCACAGUGGCCUAGAGCACCGAAAAGCUGGGCGGGGCAAACUUUCUGCGGCAUUUGUACGAUUUUCAGUACAACAGGGUUUUUGAGUCGCCGAUUUCAUAUCUCUUUUUCUCUCUCUCUUUGCCUCUAUGAGGGCAUUUGAAGGUCACUUCAAGAUCAUAUCGAGGACACUUUCAAACGAAACGAAGCAGUUGCUCCCAAGAGGUCAAUUAGUGACCGUAAGGGCAUCUGACGAUCAUCUCAAGGUCGCUUCAAGGACAUAUUUAAAAUAAGUCCAGUAUACGAGUCCAGACGGAUGAUACAUUUGAAAUGAAAGUUCAUACUUGCUUUGUCAAAAUAUAUAUCCAGAUGCUCAAAUGUUUUCAACACACAACAUAUUGGAUCAUUCAAAAACUCUUCAACUUUACCGUUGAGAAGCAGUGUCGAAUGACAUACCACAAACUUCAAGUUUGAUAGUCUGCCAUGGUAAACGUAUUGCAAGCACAGUUUUGAUCGCAUGCUAGCUUAUUGUUUACGGUGCUAACUUCAAAAUAAGUAACAAUUUUUAUUCAUCUUCGAUACUCCGUUUUAUCAGUUUUUGUGAGCUUUUCGCUUAGAUAGACCACUGUGCAUCGCAAUGUGAAAAAUUGUUGCUCAAUCUAUAUUUUGUAAGAUGUUUUAAAAUGUAAAUAAUUGUAUGUAUGUACAUAUCUCCGGUGUAUAUAUUGUAAUUUGUGAUAGCAGAGUGCCAUUUAUUUACUAAAGUAAGACUACACGAAGAG